AUGCUGGCGGUUGAGCACCCGGCCAGUGAGGGCCAGCUGAAGGAGGCUUUCCAGACCGACCUCCGACGAAAGAGGAAAGGGCUCGGUCCUGUCCCGAAGGCAGCAGAGGAAAUACAGUGUCACUCCACUGUAACUCUGACUGCAGAAGAGGAGCGCUCCGUGCGAGCUGGCUCGCUGCGAGCAGAGGGCGAGGGGCUACGGGUUUCUAGCGGCAAGUCGUUAACGCAGGCUCUGGCCGCUCCUGAGAAUCACACGGGCAUCUACAUCUCCCCUAAUCCUAGUCCCUUACCCUUCCGGGCAAAAAGCUCCGAUGUGAGAAAAAGCGUGAAGCAGAUUAAGUCGCAUAAUGGGGAAGCUGGCACCCGACUCAAUUAUAACGCUGCCUUCCCGGAGGGAGAUGGCAACAAGGUUUACGUUCACCCCGAAUCGCCCAACACCGGGGCUCACUGGAUGAGGCAGGAGAUCUCUUUUGGGAAGCUGAAGCUGACGAACAACAAAGGUGCUAACAACAACAACGCGCAGAUGAUAGUACUGCAGUCUCUACACAAAUAUCAACCUCGGCUUCAUAUUGUAGAAGUGAGUGAAGAUGGUGUUGAAGAUUUGAAUGAUUCUUCGAAGACUCAAACGUUUAUUUUUCCUGAAACGCAGUUCAUAGCAGUUACGGCAUAUCAAAACACUGAUAUUACCCAGCUCAAAAUUGAUCAUAAUCCUUUUGCAAAAGGCUUCAGAGACAACUAUGACUCCAUGUACACAGCUUCAGAAAAUGACAGAUUAACUCCAUCUCCCACGGAUUCUCCUAGAUCUCACCAGAUUGUCCCUGGCGCCCGAUACAGUGUGCAGCCCUUCUUCCAAGAACAGUUUGUCAACAACCUGCCCCCUGCCAGGUUUUACAAUGGUGAGAGAACGGUACCUCAGACAAACGGCUUGCUCUCCCCACAGCAGAAUGAAGAAAUGGCCAGCCCUCCUCAGCGGUGGUUUGUUACUCCUGUGCAGCAGCCCAGUGCCAACAAAUUGGACAUGAACUCCUAUGAGACGGAGUAUUCUCCUAGCACCUUGCUCCCUUACGGCAUUAAAUCCCUUCCCCUUCAGACAUCCCAUGCUCUGGGAUAUUACCCUGAUCCAACAUUCCCAUCCAUGGCAGGCUGGGGGAGCAGAGGCUCUUACCAGAGGAAAAUGACACCAGGAUUACCUUGGACCUCCCGAACAAGUCCUCCAGGUUUCUCUGAAGACCAGCUUUCAAAGGAGAAGGUCAAAGAAGAAAUAGGCUCAUCCUGGAUAGAGACUCCACCCUCCAUAAAAUCUCUAGAUUCAAAUGAUUCUGGGGUCUACACGGGUGCUUGUAAGAGAAGACGACUCUCCCCUAGCACUUCAAGCAAUGAAAAUUCCCCGACUAUGAAAUGUGAGGACAUUAAUGCUGAGGACUAUAGCAAAGACACUUCAAAAGGCAUGGGCUACUAUGCGUUCUAUACUAGUUCUUAAAGCAUUGUUUUAUUUCGAUUGGCUGGUUUUUUUCAGGGUGGCCUUGGGUUUUUUGCAUUACAAUUGCCAAAAAGACUCCUGCCUUCCACCUUGAAUUGUUGUGUGCAAUUCUAAAGAAGGUGCCAAAGCUUUUGACUGUUGCAGGUAACCAAGUAGGGAGAGAACAAAUUAUAACAAGUCUUAACUUCAGAAGGAACCACACAUGGAAGCUGUAAGCAUGAGCCUAGACUUUUACAAUGCGGCUUAUUUAUUGGAGACACUAAAGUGUACAGUUAGACUUGGCUCAGAGGCCUGAUGAAAUCUCUGCACUCUGGAGCAGGAAAUGGGGAGUUUGGAUCCCAAAUUUCACUUUCUUCCCUGCCUGCCCCUUUUGAUGAAAGGGGGCUGGGUUGAGGGGAGGCUGCACAAGUGCUACAUUCUGCUUUAGACUGAGCUGCAGCACAAUUGGCUGAGUUGGAUAUUGCUCAGCUAGGGCUUUCUUCGGCAGAAGACAGCUAAAAUAAGGCGUAUAUGCCCAGCAGGAUUUGACUUGAAGCUCUUGUUGUUAAUGUUGGGGUUGCAAUGACCGAAUUUGACUUUUGUUAGUCUAGGACUUGCAUAAGGAAAAACAAGCCUCCAUCCUGAAAGCCUGACCUUUUUUGAGGUGGCCAAAAAAAAUUGAAGUGUACAGUUGUGUUUUGUCUAGGUACACUGUAGAAUAUUGUGGAAUAAUGUAUAAAUAGUCUACCUGUAGGAGUUCAGUUGGAAGGACCUCCAGUGGUGCUUUGAAGUUCUAAAGGCAUUUUUUCUGAUUAAUCAAACUUAGCAUACAGAGCGUUGCAAGUGCGUUGCUAAAAACGUUAACAGGUUUCUAUUUGCGUGUAGGUAAAGUGACUUUUUCAGCUGCCCUGUAUAAAAUUGAAAGUGAUGUAACUUACCCACUUUUAUUGCCUAUAGUUUCAGCCAUUUUAAACUGAUCA